AUGCCACGGCUGCUCAUCUUUGCUAACGGCAUGCACUCAAGAGGCGAUGGCUUUGUCAAAUACCCGUUCUCCGGGAUGUGGCAGUGCACGCUCCCUUCAGGCACUCCCGUGAAGGAGAGAUGUGAACAAAAGGCCCCGUCGUCGGCUCCUGCCGCAGACGAGGCGUCGUCUGCGCUGCAACUAACGACACCGAACGGGUCACAACUUGGCGCCUGUGAAGUGGUGCGGGCGGAGUCACAAACACCGACGCAACAACAGAUGGUGAAGAGGGAGGAGGCUGUUUCCCUUCACCUCCGCCCUUUGUUUUUGCCGCUGCACUUUCAGCUGAUCUCUGUCAGCAGCAAGUAUCUGUGCAGCAUCCUCUUCGCAGCCCGUCCGCAUCCAUUGAGUGAAGUUCAUGUCGUCCGUCUUCGGAAAAUAACGUCGGGCAGAAAACUAUGUGAAGUCAUGGGUAUUGCCUUUGCCUCCACUUCUGGGGCAACUUGGGCUGAUGUGCUUUCAUUUGUGCGGCGCUCGCCCGUCAGCUGCCUUUCUGCUGAGAUGUCCCAGACGGUGGUGUGGCGGCUAAAUUGUUUGGCCCCAGCAGGGAGCGGCGUCAACGUCGGCGCCGGAUUUUUUGGGCGUGUCACGGGGCUUUUUUCACUCCACAGUCCCGUGAAGGAAGCCUUUGGCGAAGGAGAAGAAGAGACGCUGCAUGUCGUGUUGGCAACGUCGAAAGAAGGGGCAGUAUGCACUCCGCCGGACCGUGUUGUCUCCGGUUGCAAGGAACCACCGCCACUGCCGCCAAAGCAAACUCACAGGGAGAAACUUCCUUAUGAACUGCCGCAGCGUAAUUUGUCAGCGGCAUUCAUAGAGGCUCAAGAAGAAGAGGAGAAAGUGACCACGGCGGGAAGUAAAGAAGAUACCGCCAAUUUUUCCGCAGGAUCUGAAUGCGCGCUGGAGAAGAAGGAACCGCAGCCAACAUAUGCGGAGGUCCUUACUUGGGGGAUUCGAAGACAAAAUUCCGGCGUGAAUUCCACGGAAGCAUUGGUACGCGAGUGGCGGCGGCGCCUAAUUGCCCUACGGAAAGAAAUUUUUUCCAGCUUAUGCAAUGAUACGGCGAUAAUCGCUGCGAGAAACCAAAUAUUGCAACUGCAAAAAGAAAAAAAGCAGGAAUGCCAUUUGUAUUGUGCAAGGUCCAUAGCCAUUCUUUUGAAGGCUGGGCUGCAGGAGGUGCUGUGUGAUGUCCUCUUUGACGUGGCCACUUUUUUAAUGUUGGGAGGACAGAAGCAGCGCAGUGUCCAUCGACUUCUGCAGGAAUGUAUCACCACGGCGCAGGCGACCGGUGAAGAAUUGGAGAAGCGGAGAGUCGAUGUGGCCGCUGCAUUGCGGCUCCCAUACGGCAUUCUAAGGCUGCGUCUUUUGCGUCAUCACUGCUGCGCUGCCCAUUUAAUGGGAGAGCCGGUACAGCGUGUAAUGCUGGAGGAGGCGUUGCGGGUGAAUAAAGGGGUGAUGGCAUUGCUUUUGGGCAAUUGGGCCGGUGCCAUUUGCCCCGAAGUGAGGAGUACCGUCGGUGGCCACGGAGAUGGCGACGCUUCUGUGGAACAGCUCGUCUCUGGUGCCCUGACGGCAGCCCUGUCGCUCCUGGAGAUGUCUUUCCUCGCAAAAGGUGCUACGCUCUGCGACGAAAUGACGAGUGCCGCGGGUUCGCUGCUGCUGUGGUUGCGCGACACUUCUGGUGGUCGUUUUGAAAUCCCCGUCGCCCUCGCCGCCCGAUUGGAGGAGAGGGUCGCAGAAUUCCCCAAUGGGGAGUUGGAUGGCAUGCUGCGGUGGUGCAAUUUACCUCCCGCGGUGCAAGUGAAAAAAUUGUGUCGGCACGUGGAGUUCUGUUGCGGCGUUGUGCGGGCCGUGUCGUCCGGUGUCCUCUUUGAUUAUCAGUUUGCCCGGACAAGGGCACUUCUCAGAGGACGUGAGGCCGCAUUGCCAAAUGCGGCCAGUGACGUCUCCUGA